AUGAGCAAACCCUCAUCCGAUCUACGUGAUAAACUCACCUCCGCCCUCGCUUCCCGCGAGGCUCGUUGGAUCAGGCGGCGACUCCCUGAUCCAAACACAUCUUCAUCAACAUCCCCUCUGAUCGAUUUUAACUCAAACGACUACCUGUCCCUAUCCAAUUCGUCCACCUUGCGCACCCGCUUCCUUGAGAAACUCUCUGCAGCUCCAGACGUCUUAGGUUCAGGUGGAUCAAGGCUCUUGGUCAAUGGUCUUGCCCACAGCGCAUUCGAAGCUCGGCUGACAGAAUUUUUUGGCGUCGAAGCCGCAUUGCUGUUCAACUCGGGCUUCGAUGCCAAUGUGGGAUUUUUUUCGUGUGUCCCCCAACCGGGGGAUGUGCUCGUGUACGACGAGUACAUUCACGCGUCGGUACACGAUGGGAUGCAUGCAUCGCGCGUUGAACGGGAUUCUCAAGUUGCGUUCAGGCAUAACUCUAUCGAAGAUCUGAGGAUGGUGUUGGAGGGACUACUGGGAGGCUGUGAGAAGUUGACAACAGGAAAGGCGAGUCUUUUUAUAGCCGUGGAGAGUCUUUAUAGCAUGGAUGGAACCUUUGCACCUCUUCAAGAGAUCGUGGAUUUGCUGGAAGAGCUGUUUCCAAAGGGCAAUGGGUACCUUGUUGUGGACGAGGCCCAUUCCACAGGUAUUUAUGGACCCCAAGGCCGAGGUCGCGUUGCGUUGUUGGGACUGGAAGAAAAAGUCCUCGCGAGGCUUCACACUUUUGGCAAAGCUUUGGCUGCCACCGGGGCCGUUAUUCUGACCAACGCAUUGAUUCGUGACUAUCUGCUCAAUUAUGCCAGGUCUCUAAUCUACACGACCUCUCUAAGUUACGCAAACAUCAUCGCGGCGGACAGCUCCUUUGACAUGCUAACGAACGGUAUUGCUCAACAUCUAUCAGCAAGGCUCCUCUCACUCUCUACAUACUUUUCUAGAACCCUUCGCCCACGGUUGAUAGAAAGUAGGAUACCUCCGGACCUUCUUUCCCUCCCAAGCCACCUGACCCCCGACGCGGAGCCAUCCCCAAUCAUACCCAUAAUGACAGUCCACCCUCGGCCUCUAUCUGCAUACCUGCUUGCCCUUGGGAUGAAUGCCCGCCCCAUAACGUGGCCGACUGUACCCAAGGGCAAAGAUCGAAUAAGAGUUUGCUUACAUGCAGGCAAUACCACGUCGGAUGUAGACCGGCUGGUUGCUGGGAUGGUCAGGUGGGCAGAGGAGAUCUUGGUUGCGAGAAAAAAAAGAGAAGAUAGGAAUGUUGACUUGGUUGUAAGCAAGCUGUAG